CAUCGGAUCAAUGAAAUGUGAAAGAAACUUAGCAAAAAAGGAAUCACCAAAAAAAACAAGAAAGUAAAGGUAUCCGCUUUUAAUAUUACUGCACGAAUAUAGAACCUCUUGUCGUUUUGGUCUCUCUUUCUCCCGCUCUCUCUUUGGAACAAAAGAAAAAAUGGGUGAAUUAGAGGGGAAAGAGACUGGGAAGAAGACGAUGAAGAGUUUUAGAAGCAUAAGAUCGAUAUUCAUGCACGCUGACGGUGUAGAUUGGGUGCUGAUGGGAUUGGGAUUUAUUGGAGCUGUCGGUGAUGGCUUCACAACUCCUCUUGUUCUUCUCAUCACCAGCAAGCUCAUGAACAACCUUGGUGGUUCCUCUUUCAACAAUGAAACUUUCAUGCCAAGCAUCUCCAAGAAUGCUGUCGCUUUGCUCUAUGUGGCUUGUGGAUCUUGGGUUGUUUGUUUCCUUGAAGGAUAUUGUUGGACACGAACAGGGGAGAGACAAACAGCAAGAAUGAGAGAAAAAUAUCUAAGAGCAGUGCUAAGACAAGAUGUGGGGUACUUUGAUCUUCAUGUCACAAGCACUUCUGAUGUUAUCACAAGUGUCUCUAGUGACAGCUUCGUUAUUCAAGACGUGCUUAGUGAAAAGUUACCAAAUUUUUUGAUGAGUGCAUCAAUGUUCGUUGGAAGCUACAUAGUUGGCUUUAUUUUGCUAUGGAAACUCGCCAUAGUUGGCUUACCCUUCGUUGUCCUCUUAGUGAUCCCGGGACUUAUGUACGGUCGAGCCCUUAUAAGCAUUUCUAGCAAGAUACGCGAAGAGUACAAUGAGGCUGGUUUUGUAGCUGAGCAGGCCAUCUCUUCUGUGCGAACCGUCUAUGCGUUUUCAGGGGAGAGGAAGACUAUUUCUAAGUUUUCAACAGCGCUUCAGGGCUCGGUGAAGCUAGGGAUUAGACAAGGGCUUGCUAAAGGAAUCACAAUCGGAAGCAAUGGAAUCACUUUCGCCAUGUGGGGGUUCAUGUCUUGGUAUGGAAGCCGGAUGGUCAUGUACCAUGGUGCUCAAGGUGGUACCGUAUUUGCAGUAGCCGCUGCUGUUGCUAUCGGUGGCGUAUCACUUGGUGGUGGUUUGUCUAACCUCAAGUACUUCUUCGAGGCGGCUUCAGUUGGCGAGCGAAUCAUGGAAGUAAUAAACAGAGUUCCCAAAAUUGAUUCAAACAAUCCGGAAGGGCAAAAACUAGAGAAAGUCAGAGGAGAGGUUGAGUUUAAGCAUGUGAAGUUUGUAUAUCCAUCAAGACCUGAAACAUCCAUCUUUGAAGAUUUUUGUCUGAGAGUUCCGUCCGGGAAAACCGUAGCUCUGGUGGGAGGAAGCGGGUCAGGAAAAUCAACUGUGAUAUCGCUUUUGCAGAGGUUUUAUGACCCGGUUGCAGGAGAGAUUCUCAUAGAUGGUGUAUCCAUUGAUAAGCUGCAAGUGAAGUGGCUAAGGUCGCAAAUGGGUUUAGUUAGCCAAGAGCCUGCCCUUUUCGCCACAUCCAUAAAGGAGAACAUAUUGUUUGGUAAAGAAGAUGCAACAAUGGAUGAUGUUGUGGAAGCUGCCAAGGCCUCUAAUGCUCAUAAUUUCAUUUCUCAGUUACCUAAUGGCUAUGAAACUCAGGUUGGAGAGAGGGGAGUGCAAAUGUCAGGAGGACAGAAGCAGAGGAUCGCAAUUGCACGUGCAAUAAUCAAGUCACCAACAAUUCUCCUUCUAGAUGAGGCAACAAGUGCAUUAGACUCUGAAUCUGAAAGAGUAGUCCAAGAAGCCUUAGAGAAUGCAUCAAUCGGUCGUACAACUAUCCUAAUUGCCCACCGUCUCUCCACCAUUCGUAACGCUGAUGUUAUCUCCGUGGUCCAACAUGGCCAUGUUGUUGAGACUGGCUCACACGAUGAGCUAAUGGAGAAUGUAGAUGGUCAAUACGCUUCAUUAGUCCGCUUACAACAGAUUGAAAAAGACGACUCAAGUGUGAACAUGAAAGUCAAUGUACAAACGGGUCCAAUCUUGGAUCCUACAAAAGACUUGAGAAGUUGUUCAAGAGUCUCGACACUUAGCCGGUCAAGCUCUAGUAACUCGGUUACAGGUUCGAGUAAUGUCAAGAAUCUUGCUAAAGAUGAUAAGCCACCUUUACCAUCUUUUAAGAGACUCUUGGCAAUGAAUCUACCGGAAUGGAAACAAGCGUUAUAUGGUUGCAUAAGCGCAACAUUAUUUGGUGCCAUACAGCCGGUGUAUGCAUAUUCUUUAGGGUCGAUGGUAUCAGUUUAUUUCCUGACGAGUCACGACGAGAUUAAGGAGAAAACGAGGAUCUAUGCAUUAUCUUUUGUCGGCUUAGCCGUGGUUUCUUUCUUGAUCAACAUCAGCCAACACUACAAUUUCGCAUACAUGGGCGAAUACUUGACUAAGCGCAUCAGAGAACGGAUGCUCUCUAAGGUGUUAACCUUUGAAGUCGGUUGGUUCGAUAGAGAUGAGAACUCGAGCGGUUCCAUUUGCUCUAGACUUGCAAAAGAUGCUAAUGUGGUGAGAUCGUUGGUUGGUGAUCGCAUGGCGUUAUUGGUACAGACCAUAUCAGCUGUGACCAUAGCAUGCACGAUGGGUUUGGUCAUUGCGUGGAGGUUAGCCCUCGUGAUGAUCGCGGUGCAACCGCUGAUUAUUGUUUGCUUCUACACCCGCCGUGUUCUACUCAAGAGCAUGUCGAAAAAGGCAAUCAAGGCUCAGGACGAGAGUAGCAAACUAGCAGCGGAGGCUGUUUCCAACGUCCGAACCAUCACGGCCUUUUCGUCACAAGAACGUAUCAUGAAAAUGUUAGAAAAGGCUCAAGAAAACCCACGGCGAGAAAGCAUACGUCAGUCAUGGUUCGCAGGGAUAGGACUCGCCAUGUCGCAGAGCCUCACGUCAUGCACGUGGGCUUUGGACUUCUGGUACGGUGGUAGAUUGAUCCAAGAUGGGUACAUCACGGCUAAAGCUUUGUUCGAAACGUUUAUGAUCUUGGUUAGUACCGGUCGGGUUAUUGCCGAUGCUGGUAGCAUGACAACGGAUCUUGCCAAAGGCUCAGACGCGGUCGGGUCGGUUUUCGCUGUGUUGGACCGGUACACUUCGAUUGACCCGGAGGAUCCAGAUGGAUAUGAACCGGAAAGACUAACCGGCCGGGUCGAGUUUGUCAAUGUGGAUUUCUCAUACCCAACUAGACCGGCUGUGAUGAUAUUUAGUGACUUCUCGAUAGAUAUCGACGCAGCGAAGUCUACUGCUAUAGUUGGUCCAAGCGGGUCAGGUAAAUCCACGGUAAUCGGUUUAAUCGAACGGUUUUACGACCCGAUUAAAGGCAUUGUGAAAAUCGACGGUCGAGAUUUAAGAUCGUACAAUCUGAGAUCACUCCGACAACACAUAGCUUUGGUUAGCCAAGAGCCAACGUUGUUCGCGGGAACGAUCCGAGAGAACAUCGUAUACGGAAGAGCGUCGGAUAAAAUCGACGAAUCAGAGAUCAUCGAGGCGGCUAGAGCAGCGAACGCUCACGAUUUCAUCACGUCGUUAACGGACGGCUACGACACGUAUUGCGGAGACAGAGGUGUACAGUUAUCCGGUGGUCAAAAACAGAGGAUCGCGAUCGCUCGAGCGGUUUUGAAGAACCCGUCGGUGUUGCUACUCGACGAAGCGACGAGCGCUUUGGACAGCCAAUCGGAGCGUGUGGUUCAAGACGCGCUGGAGCGCGUGAUGGUGGGGAGGACGAGCGUUGUGAUCGCGCAUAGGCUGAGCACGAUUCAGAACUGCGACGCGAUCGCUGUUUUGGAUAAAGGGAAACUCGUGGAGCGCGGGACCCACUCGUCCUUGUUGGCAAAAGGAUCGUCAGGUGUUUACUUCUCAUUGGUCGGUCUUCAGAGAACAACUUGUUGAAUAAUGCUACAAAUAAAAACUCUUUUAAGCCAAUAACUAAAGGGUCAUCUUUCUAAUGAAUGUGACCAUGCUAUAUAACGCCAAUACGUUAUUUGUAACCAUAUAUUUUUACAUAUUCAAAACGCUUCUGUUUAAAAGCA